AUGAAGCUUUUUCAUGGAAAGAAACCUAACGUGAAUCAUCUUCGUGUGUUCGGAUGCAUUGCAUAUGCACGAAUAGAGAAACCACAAUUGAAGAAGCUGGAUGAUAGAUCAAGAAUGCUUGUCCAUCUAGGAACAGAACCAGGAUCCAAAGCAUAUCGUCUGCUGGAUCCACAGACGAGGAAGAUAACAGUCAGUCGUGAUGUCGUGUUUGACGAGACGAAAGGAUGGAACUGGAGCCACACCAAACACCAAGAAAGUGGCAACGACUUUACCUUGGUACAGGAAGCUUUGGUGAAAGCAAAGAUCGAGAAACAGGGGAGAGCAAGUUGUUUCAAAGAAGCACAAGAGUCUAAAGAGUGGAUGCGUGCGUGUGAGGAUGAAAUCAGCUCCAUUGAGAAGAAUAAUACAUGGGAUCUUGUUGAACUUCCUUAUGGAGCCAAACCAAUCGGUUUAAAGUGGGUGUUCAAGCUAAAACGGAACUCCGAUGGAAGCAUCAACAAAUAA